CGGCCCGGCUUUGCUUGGAUGAUACCCCGUCCUAGGUAUCAUGUUUCGCUUGAUCCUGGCGGUCCAUGUCCUUCAUCAUGCCCCUUUCUAGGUCACCUCUUCAAUGUGAAGACGGCCAGCGAGCCAGGAAUGGCAGCCAGGGCCAUGAGUCUAGGUACGCACGCUCACUGCCUCUUGUGGCAUUCCGGUGCCUGGGCGCUUUGCCCAUCGGGCAUCAAGCGCGUUUCGGAUGUUUCUGACGGCGAAAUUUCCUCUCAACAUGGGCGUCGCACGCUCGCUCGGUAUCCUUAUUCUUAGCAUUGGCUUGGUACCAUUUGCUCGAAUAAAUUUCCCGCAGAGCAGGCAAGCGGACAAGCCAGCGAGCAGUCGAUCCUGUUGCUGCGCACAGCUGCUGCUGCGAGACAAUUUUCUUCCUUGUCCCCCCAAAUUCUCCCGCAUCACGCAAAAAAAAGGAUCUUGUGAGCCAGCUCGCUCGCCUGCUCAUUGUCAGUGGCAAAGCGACCCCCAAACAUACGGUACCUGCUUUUCGCACGCAAGGGCGUGUAAGCAGGCAAGCAAGCAAGCAAGAACACAAAUAACCACGUAUUACAACAAGCCCAGGAAAGGAGGGAGGGUAAAGUAGUAAAAGAGAGGGUGUGGCUGUUCAUCCGCCCACCUCCUCCACAACGACCACCAUCACAGAAGGGCGAUUCUGCCUAGCCUUAUUACCUCGCUCGCCUUACAAGGAGA